CACAUGUUCUUCCUUUCCAAGUGAAUGCUGAAGCAUUGAACGGACCAUGUCUAGCGGCUCUGCUGAUUACAACAGUUCACGAGAUCGAGACCAUGGAGGGCCCGAAGGAAUGGAGCCUGAUGGUGUCAUCGAGAGCAACUGGAAUGAGAUUACAGACAAUUUUGAUGAUAUGAACUUGAAGGAAACUCUCCUUCGUGGAAUCUAUGCCUAUGGUUUUGAGAAACCUUCAGCAAUCCAACAGAGAGCUAUAAUUCCUUGCAUAAAAGGUUAUGAUGUUAUUGCUCAGGCCCAGUCAGGGACUGGUAAAACAGCCACAUUUGCCAUUUCCAUCCUGCAGCAGCUGGAGAUUGAGCAGAAAGAGACUCAGGCUUUGGUCCUGGCACCAACCAGAGAGCUUGCUCAGCAGAUUCAGAAGGUCAUCCUGGCCUUGGGUGACUACAUGGGUGCUUCUUGCCAUGCCUGCAUUGGAGGUACUAACGUGCGGAACGAAAUGCAAAAACUGCAGGCUGAAGCGCCACACAUUGUUGUUGGCACGCCAGGCCGUGUGUUUGACAUGCUGAACAGGAGGUACAUAUCUCCCAAAUGGAUCAAGAUGUUUGUCCUUGAUGAAGCAGAUGAAAUGCUGAGUCGUGGGUUCAAGGAUCAAAUUUAUGAGAUUUUCCAGAAAUUAAGCACAAACAUCCAAGUUGUGCUGCUUUCGGCCACCAUGCCUGCUGAUGUGUUGGAGGUGACCACCAAGUUCAUGCGUGAACCUGUUCGCAUUUUGGUGAAAAAGGAGGAACUGACUCUAGAGGGCAUCAAGCAGUUUUACAUCAAUGUAGAGCGAGAGGAGUGGAAGUUGGACACACUUUGUGACCUUUACGAGACCCUUACGAUCACCCAGGCAGUUAUUUUCUUGAACACAAGAAGAAAGGUUGACUGGUUGACUGAGAAGAUGCAUGCGAGAGAUUUUACUGUGUCUGCUCUGCAUGGAGACAUGGACCAGAAGGAGCGAGACAUAAUCAUGAGAGAAUUUAGGUCUGGCUCUAGCAGAGUCCUCAUAACUACAGAUUUGCUGGCUCGUGGAAUUGAUGUGCAACAAGUUUCUCUUGUCAUCAACUAUGAUCUACCAACAAAUCGAGAGAAUUAUAUUCAUAGGAUUGGCCGUGGAGGUCGUUUUGGCAGAAAAGGUGUGGCCAUCAAUUUUGUUACUGAAGAAGAUAAAAGAAUUCUUCGAGACAUUGAGACCUUUUACAACACGACUGUCGAAGAGAUGCCCAUGAAUGUUGCUGACCUGAUUUAAACUUUUGAGAUAUUGAUGCAGGGAUGGCUGUUGAAUGAACUCCAUUUGCGCUUAUAUUAUUGGAAGAAAAAACUACACUCCUAAAUGCUGGCUUUGGAUCCGACUUGCGAAUUCAAUACGUAACGUGACUGUGGACGGUUGUAGACUCCAACCAUAUCAGUAUUUACUGGUGGUUGCGUUUACAAAACAUGGGUACUUUACAUGAAUUCUUUAUCAGGUAUUUUUUCCCUAGUAUGUUCAAAAUGUAUGUGUUAGAUGUUCUUCAUCGUUUAGUAAUUUACUUGUGGACUAAAAGAUACAAGUGCUGCAUCAAGUCUGCCAAUUAUGUUAUGCUAACAUAUGUGUGCAGUUUAACUUGAUUCACUUGACCUAUCUUUUCAGUAAUAUAAAGCACUUUUUAGUCUUGUGAAAUGUAUUUAAUUGUAUAUUGUUCAUAAAUUACUUUUUUGUGAAGUCCUCUUCAAAAGUUGGGUCUUAACUGAAAACUUAAUGUUUCAUGUAGUGUUUGGCCCAGUUGACAAUAAAGAGGAUUGUGAUUAUUCUGUCUGAAAUUUGUCUAAUGUCUUGAUGAACUAGUUUAAUAAGUGAAAGUCAUGUCAUGCUUAUUAAAGAAAUUUAUGGGUGAUCUUUCCUUCUAUAUGGUUAAAGUGCACAGAUUUACAUUUGUGUUUUUGAGCAUUGAUAUAUUUAAUUUGUUCAAGUAGGUCUGGAUUUCUCUGGGGUCAAACACUGAUGUUUGGUGAUAGUGUAAAGUUUUUUUUGGAAGAGUUUGAGUUUUGGGGUUUAUUAAUGUUAGCCGCUUUCAUUGCUGCUGGGAUUUAUGAAGGUUGGAUGCUAUUCUCCACUAGAUGCUGUAGAUGUUCUCAACUCUGGUCUGUGAAGUCCGCUUGUUGGUGUGAAGCGUAAAUGUGUCAAAAACAUUCUGGGGUCUCAGGACUGCAGUGAAAGCCCUGCUUAAGACCAUUUGUUUUGUGAAUUUUGAUGCGUUAGAAUGAUGCUGUGCCUGUGAGGACUAGCAUAACCCUUGUUUUCAGUGGAAUAAAGGGUCUUGUUGCUUAAAAA